AGCCAGCCUGUGUUCAAGGGUCAGAAAGGCUGUUGUCAGACCCCCUUUGUGUCGCCGAUGUGCACACACGGGGAUUCCAGAUGACAUGGUCGUUUCCGCGCUGAUGAGGAGCGUGGCCAGCACCCUGGCAGUCACUUUCGAGGGCAAGCAGCCGCGCAACGUCUGCGUACAGGUCUUCGUUGCUCUCGCGAGCUUUGGCGCUCUGGUCUGCUCGUUGGUGCUGGGCCUGGUCUUCUGGAAUGACAUACACGCGCGGUUCUGGCUCGGCGAUCUCCCAGCGUAUGCCCUGUGGGCCUCCGCGCUGGCUCUCGGCCCGCUGCUGUACCUCAUGGGCUACGGUGCCUGCCUCACGUUCUACCGCGGCCUGCAGAGAAGAGCACGAGGCGCCAGCUCGAUGGGCGGCGUCCUUCCCGAGAAGCGGCUGGGCUACUCCAUGACGGUGCGAAGCGUCUCGCGCGUUUGCGCGCUGGCGGUGCUCUUCGCCCUCCUCGCCGUGGUGCUCGGGUCCGCCAUGCUCUACAUAGGUUCGGCCGUAUCCGACGCCCUGAUGGACAGGUGCGGCGCCGAGGCCAUCUCGUACCAGCUGGAGCGCACCCUCUCCACCCUCGUGGACUUCAGGACGGAAUGCUACAGCAGUCCGGAGAACGACGGGACCCCCGUCAACUUGUGCCCAGGGUUCCAGGAGGCGUUCCCGCCACCUUCGCCCUUCGUGACGUACCUGAAGGUGCUGGAGGAGAGCCUGGAGUGCGCCGGCUUCUGCACCAGCACCCAGGGCCGCCUGUUCGCACCCAGCCCCGCGCGUGAGGCAGUGGGGGACGCUUGCGGGCCCCGCCUGGCGCGGGUGCUGUGGAAGGUCACCCUGCUCUCCGGCGUCCCCGCGCUGGCCGUCGGGAGUCUCAGCGGGCUGGCGGCCUGGGUGCUCUGCCACCACGACGAGCUCUGAGCAGGCCGCGCGCGUAGGGCUGGCUCUCCUGGCGUCGCGGGGGCUGCGGACGCACGACGGGCGCCCUCGCUCCGAUUCGUGGCGGCGCCCACAAGGGCGAGGCCCCCUCUCCCCGUUGCGCCCCCCCCCGCCCCCACUCUUUGUGGGCGGCCCCAAGGUUCGGGCCCCACGGCCCUCAUACCAGGUCAGCCAAAAUGGGGACGGCAAGGAUGGGGGCGAUGCCCGCCAUCCGUUCCUGUCCAUCUUGCGCAGUGUCGCUGGCCGGCUUCGCUGCGAACGCAGUCCGCCUGUGACAAGGAAGGCCUGCUCGCCGUCGGUUCGGGACAAGAUCUGCUCUUGGGCACUCCCUCCGUGCGUGCUCCUCCCGUCUCAGGCGUGCAGAUCACGGAUCGAUCCGUCUUCGGGGAAUGCCGCGUGUGAAGGCGGUGUCGAGGACUCUGGCCGUGAUCUUCUGCGCUGCCGUGCUUUUUUUUUUCACGGCGUCGGACGUCGGGGCACGCGGGCGUCUCUCUUGAGAGCUCGCGCGCGCGCGCCAGUGGCGAGCCCGUCCGGAGGGCAGGCUCUUAGCCGCCCGGGGAGCGGGGUGCGGGUCGCCAGCUGCUCUCCAGCGUUGCGCCUGGCCAGGCCAGGGCCCAGGGGUAAGGCAAGGCGGUCGGGCCCUGCCGGCAGCGGCGCUCUGAGGGCCUCGACCGUCGUGGUGUAUACAUUGAGCCCCUCCCGUGCGUGAAUCGCGGGCCGGCAAGAGUCCGUGCUCGCGGAUGUCCAGGUCGAGGGGGCGGUGUUCGCAGCGGCCAGAGCCGAAAGGGCUUUGCCAGCUGCUGCUCUUCGUCGCCGUCGGCUUCCCCCUUUCUCCCUCUCGUCCUCGUUAGCCUUUUGAUCCUUCUGCUCCUCCUCCUCCUCUUCCUCCUCCUCCUCCUCCUCCUCCUUCUGUCCUGGAUGCAGUAUCCCAGGUGCAGCACCUCAGGCAGGACCACAAGCGCCGUCCGGGUCUAGAAGAAAAGGCCGCUCGCCCCUCGCUGUAGAUCCCCAACAGGGUGAGAAUGGAGGAG